AUGCCGCAAACCACUCUCAACACCCUUCGCGGCGUCGCCGCCGCCGGUGGUGCCUCGCGCAUGGCCACCCGCCAGCUCCGCGCUCCCGUCUCUCGUGCCUUUUCCUCCUCUGCCCGUAACCAGUCUGUUCGCCUCGCUGCGCGCGCUCUCAGGAAACCCUCCGCCCUUUCCAGCGCCCUCAGGACGCAAGCCGUCGCUAAGCUGCCCGCGAGGCCCUACUCAUCCGAAGCUCCCAAGAGCAAGAGGCCCGGUGCCAUCAGGUUAACUUUUCGAUGGAUUUGGAGGUUAACCUACCUCUCCGUCCUCGGCUACGUUGCUUAUGUCGGCUACGCUGUCUACGAGGACAAGCACCCUCCUGCGCAGUCGCCUCCUGACCCGACAAAGAAGACACUUGUGAUUCUCGGUACCGGUUGGGGCUCUGUCUCCUUGUUGAAGAAGCUCGACACGGCUAAUUAUAACGUUAUCCACCGCUCCAUCAUGGAGCCUAUCCGUACCAUCCUCCACCAGAAGCCUACUGGUGUGACGUACUACGAAGCCGAGGCUACCGAGAUUGACUCUGAGCGCAAGGUUGUCAAGAUGCGCGACGAGUCCGAAGUCAAGGGUGCCGUCACCGAGACUGAAGUCCCCUACGACAUGCUUGUCGUCGGCGUUGGUGCCGAGAAUGCCACUUUUGGCAUUCCUGGUGUCCGCGAGCACAGCUCUUUCCUCAAGGAGAUUGGCGAUGCCCAGGCCAUUCGCAAGAAGAUUAUGGACUGUGUCGAGACUGCUGCGUUCAAAGAUCAGGAUCCCGAGGAAAUCAACCGUCUCCUACACAUGGUCGUCGUUGGUGGCGGCCCCACUGGCGUAGAGUUUGCCGGCGAAUUGCAAGACUUCUUCGAGGAGGAUAUCAAGAAGCUCAUUCCCGACUUCAAGCAUCGCUUCAAGGUCACCUUGAUCGAGGCUCUCCCCAACGUCUUGCCCUCCUUCUCCAAGACCUUGAUCGACUACACCCAGGAGAAGUUCAAGGAGCAGACCAUCGACGUGCUUACGCAGACCAUGGUCAAGAACGUUGAGGAGAAGCAGCUUACCGCCGUCAUCACCCGCCCCGGUGGUGUCAAGGAGACCCUCGUUAUCCCCUACGGCCUCCUCGUCUGGGCUACUGGCAACGCUAUCCGCCCCAUCAUCCGCGAUCUCAUCUCCAAGGUUCCCGCCCAGGCCAAGUCCACCCGCGGGCUCGCUGUCAACGAGUACCUGGUUGUCCAGGGCACCCGUGAUAUCUGGGCCGUUGGCGACUGCGCCGUCGCCGGAUACGCCCCCACAGCCCAGGUUGCCUCGCAAGAGGGCGCCUUCCUUGCCCGUCUUUUCAACAACAUGGCCAUGACGGAGCAUCUCCAGGCCCACAUUGCUGGACUUAGCGCUUCCCUAAACCUCCAGCCCGGUGGCGACUCGGCCAAGAUCGCCCAGGAGAUUGAGAAGUCGGAGAAGCAGCUCCGCCGCAUCAAGGAUGUCAAGCCCUUCCACUACUCUCACCAGGGCAGUCUCGCCUACAUUGGUAGCGACCGCGCCGUUGCCGAUGUUACUUGGUGGAACGCCAACGUCGCUACCGGCGGAAAGAUGACGUACUUCUUCUGGAGGAGCGCCUACCUUUCCAUGUGCUUCAGCUACAGGAACAGGUUGCUUGUCGCCAAUGACUGGAUCAAGUCCAUCGUUUUCGGCCGUGACGUCUCCCGAGAGUAA